UUAAGUGGUUAUUUAUCAAUCGGCGACCUCUAAAACAUCAGUGCGCUUUACAUCCUCAGAUAAUUUAUUUUAACGCACCCACAGCAACUAUUCGGCUUCAUUAACUCCGCUCGUCAGUCUCGUUUAAACAUUAUAUGUGCGGUUGAAAUGAGGAAGUGUGUGGAGAUCCGCUGAGAUUACCCGGUUUCUGCUCCACAUAACAUGACAGGUCAUUUCAUUUUCCUGGGGAGAAAACAGGAGGCGUAGCCGUGGCGUGCUCAGGGUGGAGUGGGUCUCUUUUCGCAGUAACAGGGCGUAUAAGGAAGUUAUACAGGCGGGUGGAGAACUACAGACACUUCAGUUUAACAAAGCAUUUGUCCAGUUGCAACAUGCCUGCUCAGAAGGUCUGCAUCGUUGGAUCUGGAAACUGGGGAUCCUCCAUCGCCAAAAUCAUCGGCCACAAUGUCAAGGCGUCCAACCGCUUCAACCCCAUGGUGAACAUGUGGGUUUACGAGGAGAUCAUCGACGGGAGAAAGCUGACGGAGAUCAUCAACACCGAGCAUGAAAAUGUUAAAUAUCUGCCUGGUCACAAGCUGCCCAAGAAUGUGGUGGCUGUUCCCGACAUCACUGAAGCCGUGAAGGGAGCCAAGAUUCUCAUCUUUGUAAUCCCUCACCAGUUCAUCGGCAAACUCUGCAAUGAGAUGAAGCCUCACGUGACGGAGGGAGCCAUCGGAAUAUCCCUCAUCAAAGGCAUCGAUGAGGGUCCAAAUGGACUGAAGCUCAUCUCGGACAUCAUCCGAGAGAAGCUGGAGAUUGAGGUCAGUGUCCUGAUGGGGGCUAACAUCGCCAACGAGGUGGCCGAUGAGAAAUUCUGUGAAACCACCAUCGGCGCAAAAAUCGAGGCACACGGUCAGUUAUUCAAAGAGCUGCUGCAGACGCCCAACUUUCGCAUCACGGUUGUGUCUGAGAGUGAUACGGUGGAGCUGUGUGGAGCCUUAAAGAACAUUGUGGCGGUAGGUGCCGGGUUCUGCGACGGCCUGGGUUUCGGCGACAACACCAAGGCGGCGGUGAUCAGGCUGGGGCUGAUGGAAAUGGUCGCUUUCACCAAGCUGUUCUGCAAAGGCGGGGUGACCUCCAGCACCUUCUUGGAAAGCUGUGGCGUGGCGGACCUGAUCACGACCUGCUAUGGAGGACGGAACCGCAAAGUCGCGGAGGCCUUUGUCAAAACGUCCAAAUCUAUCGCUGAGCUGGAAGCAGAAAUGCUCAACGGCCAGAAGCUCCAGGGUCCACAGACCGCGGCUGAGGUCUACAAGAUUCUGCAAAAGCGAGACAUGGUCAAAAAGUUUCCUUUGUUUGCUGCCGUCUACCAGAUUUGCUAUGAAGGGAAGGAGGUGAAAGAGUUCAUCACCUGUCUGCAGAACCACCCUGAGCACAUGUAGUACUCCAGCCUGUAGCUGUACUGUUUUGGUUGCUGCUCCUGCAACCUCAAUUCCCAACGCUAGAGGGUAGCAGAGAUUCAAAAGUCAAACGCACAACAUAGUAUACAACGUGGCAUGUGAAGAGUAUUUAAGGUGUAUUUUCUUUUUUUUUUUUUUUUUUACUUUUACACUUUGUGUGAACAACAUUAUCAAAAGCUUUCCUUUAUGAUGUAUUAGUGGGUCCAAAUUCCCAUUUCUGUGGCAGAAUGCCUCCUUUGUGUAACUGCCUGAAGUGUCUUCACUUUUUUACUUUUAUAUCACUACAUGGAUGUAUAUCACAGAUCCCAGAAAACCAAGAUUGGAUUUUAUUUUCUAUUUUCAUGUGGAAUUGUUUUCUUAUUAAAAUCAGUUCCUGAGAA